AUGCAUGUUCAUCGACAUCAUAAAUCAUUACUCAAUUCGUCAUUUGAACAGCGCGGAAAUAAUGACAUAGAUGAUAUUAAUCAAUUAUCUUUUUUGCAACCUGAUACAACAGCUGACUGUUCAACCAUAUAUGACAAUAAUGAAGACAACACUAUAUACACUGAUUUAAUGGAUGAUAAUCUAGAUGACAAAUGGAAUAUUUUUAAAACAAAUAAUUCUUUUGAUGAUGGAAAAAUAAAUCUUAGCACGGUUCAUCAACAAUACACACGAUUUUUACUUGAAAUGAGAGAAGAACACAUUUUGCCUCAAACAGUAAUUCAAUCAAUUACAACACAUAUAGUCAAUUUACUCGAUAUUAUCAUAGAGCUUGUGGAAGAACAAGCAAAACAAGAAAAUUUAGCUGAACAACAACCAACAGCAGCAGCAAGUAUUUCGAUCGAUGGUUUACGUAAAACCAUAAAGAAAAUUGAACAAACAAUUACUCUUUCAACACGAAACGAAUAUCAAUUUCUUCAGUCAUGCAAAAAGUUUUUUGAUUAUUCACCUCCAGUAGAAAAUAUUCUUUCAUCAAAUCAAUCAAAAAAUGAACAAUCGUAUUAUAUACCUAUUAAACAUUCAUUAAAAAGAAUUUUACAAAAAGAUGAAAUGAUUCCACUUUUAGUUGAAAAUAUUCGAAGUCAAGCUGCACUAAAUCAUAGUGAUCAUGAUUUGAUGUUCUCAUUUAGAGAUGGUAUUAAAGCUGAAAAAAUCAAUAAACAAUCGUUUUUGAUUCAAUUAUAUGUUGACGGGAUUGGAGUUACCAACCCUUUGGGAUCUAAAAAAGAUCAACACAAAUUAACACUAGUAUACUUUGCAUUGGAAGAUAUACCAGAUAUAUUCCGAUCUACAUUGCAGUGUAUUAAUCUUGCAUCUAUUUGUUAUACUAGAUAUUUAAAUAAUAAUGAAAAACUAAAGAAAUUUUAUGAACCAAUUGUUCAAGACUUAAAUGAUCUACAAAAUACUGGUUUAGUUAUUAACACAUUCAAUAGUCAAAUCUUGUUCACAUUUACAACAAUUGCCGCUGAUAAUCUUGCAGCUCAUGAAGUUGCCGGGUUUCAACUAAAUUUUAAUGCCGGUCAUUUCUGUAGGAGGUGCAUGGUUUCAUACGAAAAUCGUCUGAUACCAUUAACCGAUAUUCAUUUUAUUCACAGAAAUCAUCUACAACAUCAACGUUAUUUACAACUUAUUGAAAAUAAUGCCGGCAUUAACUCAAUAUUAGGUGUGAUUGGACGUAGCCCUCUGAAUGAUCUUCAGAAUUUUGAUCCUACUGCUUCUUGCCCUGGUGAUGUUAUGCACGACUUCUUCGAGGGUAAUCAUUAA